AUGUCUUUUGUAUCAAUCUUGUGUUUUGUGGCUGUAGCCUUUUCGGCAGUAUCAGCUCGCCCAGGAAUACUUUUCCAACAGCCAUAUGUUGCGAGUCCUUACGUAGCAACUCCUUAUGUUGCCGGAGGACACGUGAGCACCCAAUACCACUCUCAAGAUGAUUUCGGCCAAUACGCCUACGGAUACAACAAUGGCUUCGACUCAAAGACCGAACACAAAACUUUGGACGGAGUGACCAGAGGAUCAUACUCAUAUGUCGACGCCGAAGGAAAACUGCAAAGCGUCCACUACACUGCUGAUGCUGUUAACGGUUUCCGUGUAGCUGCAACCAACUUGCCUGAGGAUUCCGGUUCUGCUCCAUCUGCUGAAGGAUACGUUGCUCCCAUUUCAGGUGAUGUGCCAACUCCCGUAGAAGAGACACCCGAGGUUGCCGAAGCCAGGUCUGCUCAUUUGAAGGCUGUCGAAGAGGCUAAGGUGCGCAACGCCCUCGCUCCUGUUCCUGUUGAAGCUCCAUUAGUAAGAUACGUCUCUCCUUAUGUGGCGCCCACAUUCAACUACGUCACACCAUAUGUGACUCCUUACAGCACAUACGUUCACGGUGUCCCCACACCCGUCUUCAGACAUUAUGCUCCUGAAACUGUCCAAUAUGUUGCCAAAGUUGGCACCUACUAA